UGCGCUGGCUCUCUCCACCUCUCUCCUCUUUCUCUCUUGCUCCCUUCCUCUCUGCAACUGAACAGUGAAAAUUCACAUUGUGGAUCCGCUAACAGGCACAGAUGUCAUGUGAAAACGCACAUGCUCUGCCAUCCACACCGCCUUUCUUUCUUUUCUGUUUCCUUUUUUUCCCCUUGAUCGUUCUCCCUCUUCUUUGUAACUAACAAAACCACCACCAACUCCUCCUCCUCCUCCUGCGGCUGCCCUUCUCCUCCUCCUCCUCCUCCUCCUCCUCCUCAGUCCAAGUGAUCACAAAAGAAAUCUCCGAGCCCGAGGCGGUGGCAUUUUUUUUUUUUCAAAAAGCAAGCACACUGGAGAGAAAGAAAAAAGAAACAAACAAACAAACAAAAAAGCAAAACAAAACCCAGGCACCAGCCAGCCAGGACAUUUUUUUUUUCCACCCUGCCUGAAAACAAACGAACAGCCAUCAAAAACAGUCAUCAGCAACAGCAUCAAAACUGUUAGCAUAGCGGCGGCGGCCACCGUCACGCUGUGGCCACGACGUCUGCCUAAAGGGAUGCUUCUCUCGGCGGAGCAGCUCUUCGCAGACCGCCUUCUUCCCUCGUGCUGAGCGGGAUUUUUGGGUUCUCUGGGGUUCGGGCUGGGAGCUUCAUGACUACGCGGAGCAGGACAGCGGCCACACCAUGCGAGCACAAAUUGAAGUGAUACCAUGCAAAAUUUGUGGCGAUAAAUCCUCCGGGAUCCACUACGGAGUCAUCACGUGUGAAGGCUGCAAGGGAUUCUUCAGGAGGAGCCAGCAGAACAAUGCCUCUUACUCCUGCCCAAGGCAGAGAAACUGUUUGAUUGACAGAACCAACCGGAACCGUUGCCAGCACUGCCGGCUGCAGAAGUGUCUUGCCCUAGGAAUGUCGAGAGAUGCUGUAAAGUUCGGGAGGAUGUCCAAAAAGCAGCGGGAUAGCCUAUAUGCUGAGGUGCAGAAGCACCAGCAGCGGCUGCAGGAGCAGCGGCAGCAGCAGAGUGGCGAGGCAGAGGCCCUGGCCAGGGUGUACAGCAGCAGCAUCAGCAAUGGCCUCAGCAACCUGAACACCGAGACCGGCGGCACCUACGCCAAUGGGCACGUCAUCGACUUGCCGAAAUCCGAGGGAUAUUACAACAUAGAUUCUGGUCAGCCAUCUCCCGAUCAGUCAGGACUGGACAUGACUGGAAUCAAACAGAUAAAGCAAGAACCUAUCUAUGACCUCACAUCCGUACCCAACUUGUUUACCUAUAGCUCUUUCAACAAUGGGCAGUUAGCUCCGGGGAUAACGAUGACUGAGAUCGAUCGAAUUGCACAGAACAUCAUUAAGUCCCAUCUGGAGACAUGUCAGUACACAAUGGAAGAGCUACAUCAGCUGGCAUGGCAGACCCACACCUACGAAGAAAUAAAAGCGUAUCAAAGCAAGUCCAGGGAGGCUCUGUGGCAGCAGUGUGCCAUCCAGAUCACCCACGCCAUCCAGUACGUGGUGGAGUUCGCAAAGCGGAUAACAGGCUUCAUGGAGUUGUGUCAGAAUGACCAGAUUUUACUUCUGAAGUCAGGUUGCUUGGAAGUGGUUUUAGUGAGAAUGUGCCGUGCCUUCAACCCAUUAAACAACACUGUUCUGUUUGAAGGAAAAUAUGGAGGAAUGCAAAUGUUCAAAGCCUUAGGUUCUGAUGACCUGGUGAACGAAGCAUUUGACUUUGCAAAGAAUCUGUGUUCCUUGCAGCUGACUGAGGAGGAGAUUGCUUUGUUCUCCUCUGCUGUUCUGAUAUCCCCAGACCGAGCCUGGCUGAUAGAACCAAGAAAAGUCCAGAAGCUUCAGGAAAAAAUCUAUUUUGCACUUCAACAUGUGAUUCAGAAGAAUCACCUGGAUGAUGAAACCCUGGCAAAGUUAAUAGCCAAGAUACCAACUAUCACGGCAGUCUGCAACUUGCAUGGGGAGAAGCUGCAGGUCUUUAAGCAGUCUCAUCCAGACAUAGUGAAUACACUGUUUCCUCCAUUGUACAAGGAGCUCUUUAAUCCUGACUGUGCUGCGGUCUGCAAAUGAAGGGGAUGAGAACUCUCAGAGUCAUGGAAUGCAUCGCCGUUAAGACAAAAGCAAUGUGUUCAUGGAGACUUAAGGAAAAUGUCACUACUGCAACAUUAGGAAUGUCCUGCACUUAAUAGAAUUAUUUUUCACCGCUACAGUUUGAAGAAUGUAAAUAUGCACCUGAGUGGGGCUCUUUGGUUUGUUUGUUUGUUUGUUUUUGAAAUGAUCAUAAAUAUACAAAUAUAGGACACUGGGUGUUAUCUUUUUUAAUUUUAUUCGGGUAUGUUUUGGAGACAACUGUUUAUAGAAUUUUACUGUAGAUAUAUACAAGAACAGAGCCGUUCUUUACAUGAUUACUUUUCCUGUUGAUUGUUCAAAUAUAAUUUAAGAAAAUCCCCUUACUAAGCUUACCUAUUUCUAUGUUUUUAGAUAGUUGAUGCAUGUGGAAAUUUGUAACUGUCUUGGAAAGUACUGUGCAUGUAUGUAAUGAAUAUAUAAUAUGUAAGAGUAUUAUAUAUGACUAUUACGUAUUCAUGCACUGUGGCUUCAAAUACCAUGCCCACGGGCAAUGGAGGUUCCGUCAGGCUCUCUCAUGUGAUUUACUUUCUGUUAUAUGUUACUUUUAUGUUAGACAAUCAGGGUUUUCUUUUCCAGCCAGAGUUUUCAUCCACACCUAACAACAGGAUAGUGCCCAUUCUGAAGCAAGUCUACAAAGGAAUCUGUGUAACGUAUAGCUGCUUUCUAAAAGCUCCAUUUCUAUCAGUAACUUCAAAGCCCUAUCAAGAUGGCAUAUGGGGUGGGGGGUGGGGAGGGUUUGAAGCCAUCUUCCUGUUUCACAAACCAGGCUGUAAACCCGACAAUAAUAUUUCCUAUUUUUCACCAGAAUACAAAAUAUUGGGGUUUUCCCCCCCCCCUUUGGAUUCAGAUUCCCAAUUGUAAAAGAAAUUUGACUUUGAUGCUUAUUUCUUUAAAAAAAAAAAAGGGAAAAAUCAGUCUAUAGAUUAUGACUACCAUCAAUGUUUUUAGAAAUAUUUGACUAGAAGUAUAAAACAAGGUCCCAGUGCCAUUUUGGACAGACAUUUUCUAAUCAUUUUUUCCCAAAGAACUGAAAGAAAUAGAAUAUACAAAGUAAAGGAGUCAGUCAUUAAAUUCAAACUCAUUACAAUUUGUUAGAAAACAGGCUAAUAGAAAGGAGAAAGCCAUCUAGAGCCUGGGGCCUCCAAUUUUUUCAGCUUCAAAAUGCUGUAUUAUAAAAAUAGAGCAAAAAUUCAAAAGAUUAGAAAAAAUUAAAUGUUUUGUCUACGAGACUGAUGUAUCCCAAAGCCAAAAUUCUUUCCUAUACAGAUUUAAAUGACAUCCUCUAUCCAUAUUGGUCAUUUUGUAACCACUUAAAAGAACAGAAUGUAAGGGUGACCUAUACAGGCUCUUCACCCUAAUUCCUAUGAAAUUAAGCACGAGAAAAGCAUGAGCUUGCAGCCAAUAGUUUUUCCAGUUUCUGUAAGGCCUAGGCCUUUAGUAUGACCUAGUCCAAACUAAGAUUUUCAAAGAAGCAGCUAGGGGAUACAUUUGCGUAUAAGACAUCAAAAGCUAUGUUGUACUGUAAGUGUAGCAUAGCCCCUAGCUUAUAAAAACCUGCCCCUUUCUCCUUACACACACACACACACACACACACACACACACACACACACACACACACACACGUUUGUAAAUCUUCAUUAAUAGAAACUUUGGGGGGGGGGUUGUUUGUUUAUUUGCUUGUUUGUUUUAAAUCUCUUACAUUCUCCUGAAGUUCUUGGUUGAGAGUCAUCUCCAAAAUUUCCCAGAACUCUGGUGGAUGAUCAAAAUAGUCCUGUUAGUCUUUCCUUUCAGAAAACGGGCUUUUCUCACCUCAUGAUUGAUGAAUUCCAAGCCAUUGGGGGAAAACAAAAAGGCUUUAAAAUAAUGAAUCUCUUUUUCAACCACUGUUAUAUUCAAUUAAUUUAACUACAUUGAACCAAAUUACCUUUGGUUCUGAGAAGACAGCUGUAGACUGCUUAUUAUGCUGCUACAGGGACUCGGUUCUUUUUGGUCUAAAUGUCACUCCUGCUAGCUCUUUGUAUAAAGAAUUAAUUCCAAGAGUCAUAUUUCCUUCUAAUGGAAAGAUACUUUUCUGAUUGCUAGGAAAACAGGGUAAUGGAAGGCACUCAAUUAAACCAAGCUGCUUCCAAAUGCGAUGUAUGUUUUAUGAUUGGCUUGCAAUAGGCAAUGCUUACUGUGUCUACUUGGCGGUCCCCUUUGAGCUUUGAACUCAUGUCAAACUUUGUUUUCAUUGUUCUGUUGGCUCAGUGUUUCCCAUUGUCAGCCCGUAAAUCCCGCUCGGCUGCAAAGGGAAUUGUUUGUUGUCUCCAGUUUACCUUAGAGGAUUUACAUCGGCCUCAUCGAUGAAGUGGCGGAGAAUUUUUUUCCUCCUUUGCUCCACAGGUGGUGUAGGAAAAAGACUGUUCCCCACAUUUGCCUCGGGGGGGGGGGGGGGGGGGGGGGGGGGGGGGAUAUUGGUGUUGAAACUGUGUCAUUUCCACUAGUGCUGGCAUUUCCCUGGGACAGUGUGAACCUUUUGAAGCAAAGGGACAGGAGUCAGCUAGGAACUGAGUCAGAACCAUACAGUGGUGAGCAGUACAGGCACAACCUACUUUCCAGCCAGAGGAGAGAGCUCCAGUUUUGGCUGCAGUUGCCAACUUUUCCCUUAAAAGAGAAUCAAGUCAUGUUUUUAAUGGUUAAGAAAGCCUUUAAACACUGCCCUUUGAACAUCUCAGUGACUACAGGAAAUUUCAGUAGGAAAAGAAAAAAAAAAAAAAACUCCCUUUACCACA